AUGGCUUCAAAGAGCUGUGAUGGUGAACCAAGCAAUCAUGAAUCUAGAGGUUAUGGUAGAGGUUAUGGUAGAGGCCAUGGUGAUGAACUAAGUAACCGUGAAUCUAGAGGUCAUAGUAGAG